AUGGCUGUAGAACUCGAAGUCCCCGUUCCUCUCAGCAUUCCAGAAUUCGAAGAAAAGGACGGGCUUAUAUACUCUGACUCUGAACGCGUCAAUCCAGUGAUUGCAAGCGCCCAAUGGGCUUACAGUCGGACGAAUAUAGUCCAAAUCAAUGAAGAUGGUGUCAAGUCCGCUGCACGUCAUAUACACGAUAAGCUUCUUGCGGAAUCAUAUACACCACGUACGUGGCGAACACACCCUUUGCAUAUAUGUCCUCUGGAGCCCCACGAUCCUGCCGAUCCUUCGCACAAGGCUGUACUGAACUGGAUAUUCUUGAUUUCAUCUCUGAAUUUCAGCUUUUGGUCGGAGAGGGAAGGUGAACCUGAUCGAUACGGUGUCGAAUGGCAGGAUGCUUGGGGUUCGAAGAAUAAGAAAGUGUGGACCGGCUACUGGAGUCUGGUGGCAUCUUUGAACCGAGCUCUACAGGACGACGGGAUUCCAAUCACCGACCCCAACUUUUAUUCAUCUGAUAUCCUUUGUCCUGACUAUGUAAUCGAAUCUGUGUUUCGUCAGGCUUCUCAAUCUACCGAGAGUAUACCCCUCCUUCGAGAGCGAAUCGCCAUCAUGCGUGAAGUUGGCUUCGUACUGUGUAACGGUUUCGGUGGAUCUUUCAAGGGAUUCUUGGACGAGUUUCAGCGCCGCUACAACGGUGAUGGCACGGCCCUAGAUUUAGUGGAGAUGGUCAUAGAAACUUUCCCUUCUUUCAGGGACGAGCAUUACCUAGAAGAGAAGAAAGUUUGUUUGUGGAAAAGGGCGCAGAUCCUUGUCGCGGAAACAUGGGCCGCAUUCUACCCAUCGUCUCCAGACAUGCCACACCCAAUCUUUCCAGGACUUCGCGGGGCGCAAAUACAUCAACUGACUAUGUUUGCGGACUAUCGCGUGCCGCAGAUCCUGCACCACUUGAAAGUCUUGUCGUACCCUUCGUCGUUGGUCCAGUUACUGCGAGAAAACACCUAUAUGCCCUCCGGGUCCAGGGAGGAACUAAGUUUACGUGCGGCGAGUAUCGUUGCCGUGGAGCGCGUUAGAGAGGAGAUUAUGAAGCUAAGGGAGGGAGAUGAAGGCGAACUGAUCAGUAGUGUUGUGAUCGACUUCUUCCUCUGGGAUCUGGCAAAGAGAAUCGAACGAGGAGAAGAGAAGAUCGAGGGAAUUCAGACGGACGACAUUGUACCAUGUCAUCGUACGAGAAGCAUUUGGUACUGA